AUGAAACUGUGGGCGAGGUCAGCUUGGCCUUUGCAGGUGGCCUUCCUCGUUGCCUUGGUGAUGCUCUGCGUUGACCCGGUGUCUGCUGGCAACCGUAACCACCGGGGACCGACAGUCUCAUACCAGGUGAAGCAGGGGACAUGUGAGGUGGUGGCCGUCCAUCGCUGCUGUAAUAAGAAUAAGAUUGAGGAGCGCUCUCAAACUGUCAAGUGUUCCUGUUUCCCGGGGCAGGUUGCUGGCACCACCAGAGCCAGACCGUCAUGUGUGGAAGCCUCCAUUGUAGCUCAGAAGUGGUGGUGCCACAUGCAGCCGUGUAUGGAUGGGGAGGAGUGUAAGGUCCUGCCUGACCUGACUGGCUGGUCCUGCAGCACUGGCAACAAAGUCAAAACCACCAAGGUCACACGAUAGCAAGAGAGCCACUGAGCCACGAGGAAAAGGAUGGAUGACUCACACAUAUUUACUGUACGACGGGG